AUGGGAGCUAAGAGGGGUCGAACAUCUAAUCAGCUUUCUCUCGUUUCCUGUAAAGAAUCUUCUAUGAUGGCAUCUGCUGUCAAUGUUGCUUCUAAUGAAGACCUUCUGAUUCAGAUUUUGUUGCAUGUCCCUAUAAAGACUCUCAUGGCCUUCAAAUCUGUAUCCAAACACUGGUUGUCUCUUAUUACUAGUCCAGGCUUUGUUCAUCUUCGUAAUCCUCUUCCCUCUGCUGCCUCCCUCUUCUUUGCUACUUCCUUCUGCAGAAACAAUCCCAGCUAUCAGUUCAUUCCUCUUGGCGCCACUGAUGGAUGCCCGGCCCCCUUCAAGACCCUUGAUUUUGUUCAUGACCCUUUAGGUUCAGGCAUUUCUGUUCUUCAGUCCUGCAAUGGCCUGUUGUUAUGUGCCAGCUAUCGAGCACGUGAACUCAAGCGUAGAUACUAUGUGUACAACCCUACCACUAAGCAGUCUGCAACUCUUCCUCAAAUUAGACGUGAAUAUGCAAAAAAAGUUUGUGGUAUGAAUUUAGCCUUUGAUCCGGUGAAAUCACCUCACUACAAAGUUGUUUGUGUUAGGCGAUCUGAAACUAAUCGUCAACUAUUUCAGAUUGAGAUUUAUUCGUCUGAAACCCUGUCGUGGAGAGUCUCUGGUCAGCCAUUUGCUGCACCUAUGUAUACCUCAUUCCAAAAUUGUACAUACUGGAAUGGUUCUGUUCACUGGUGGAGGGGUCGUGUUGACCCGUGGCAUCGUUUCAUCCAUACAGGUGUUCGCAUUGAUGGACCGUAUACUUUGUACCUCAAAGUGGACGAAGAGAGAGUAGAACAAUUACCACUGCCUAUGAGGAAUAUUGCCACUGUUAACUUGAAUGAGCAGGAUGAGGUGAAAACUUAUUUUACCGCGUCAUAUAUUGGAGAGUCCGAGGGCCAUUGGCAUAUUAUAGAAGAAGUGCCAAGGCAUAUUCUAGGAGAAGUGCCAAGGCAUAGAAAUAAUCCUAAUUUAAGUUUGUGCAAUGUGUAUGAGGUGGCAAGAGAUUACUCAGGGUGGUUUGUGAAGUAUCAAGUUGAUCUAUCUGCGAUUUCUAAUGUAUUUCCAGAGAUAAUCAAGUACCGUUACAACCGUUGUAGUGGUUACAUACUUAACAUACUUUCAGUUGUGAGGAGGGGAAGAGAAGAAGAAGAUGCUUCCUUUUUAGUCGCGGAGAUACCUGGUGGUAAGGUCAUCCGUUACAACCUUGUGGACAAAAGCAUGACAAAACUGUGGGAAUUGACUCCAAUUGGUUACAAGUUUUAUAAUGAUGAUGGUUUGAGGCGUGAUUGUGUCAGUGCAUUCUCAUACAUUGAGUCUCUUGCUUGUGUGUGA